UUUUGUUGUCCUUAUCAUAACUCCCCUUCCCCUUCUCGCUUUCAACAAUUCCAACGCUUAGAAACGCAAACGUCGCCGUUCACAAAGUUCGUUCCGAGUGUCGAUCUCCAAAUCAUUCUUGACGUUUUUCUCACAUAAGGGUGGCUACAAUGAUUGGAUCGUUUCUUACAAGAGGCCUUCUGAUGGUGUUUGGAUAUGCAUAUCCUGCUUAUGAGUGUUUCAAAACGGUCGAACAGAACAAGCCUGAGAUUCAACAGCUCCAGUUCUGGUGCCAAUAUUGGAUUCUUGUAGCUGCUUUGACAAUCUUUGAAAGAGUUGGUGAUACUCUUGUUUCCUGGCUGCCGAUGUACAGUGAAGCAAAGCUGGCUUUCUUUAUUUACCUCUGGUUCCCAAAAACCAAAGGAACUACAUACGUUUACGACUCUUUCUUCAAGCCAUAUGUCUCAAAGCAUGAAAAUGAAAUUGACCGCAGCCUGACGGAAGUAAAGACCAGAGCUGGAGAUAUGGCAAUGAUAUAUCUCCACAAAGCAAUCAAUCAUGGACAUACAAGAUUCUUUGAGAUAUUGCAGUAUAUUGCUGAACAAUCAUCACCCAAACGUCAGUCUAAGGAAGGGAAAGAGAUAAUACCACCUGAACUUGGUGAUCCAACUCUGAAGAUGACACAAAACAAAGACACAGUACCUGAGACAGAGUCAUCCACGAAGAAAGACUAAAAGGCUGACUUAGGUGGGAAAGUAUUGGGCAAACACACAUGGUUUUCAAUACAACUUUGUGCCUUACUUUGUUUUAUUAAUAUUUAAUAGGACUAAAUAAUAUCAAAACAUAAAUAAAGAAUCAUUUAAAAAUCA